CGUAUUAUUUAACAAAUUAUGGUGUAGUUAUCUCAUAUCUUAUCUAGUAGGGGUGCUGUCUUGUUUCGAUAGAGGCGUAGUUUCCAUUCCUUAAGACCACGAUUCUUGCUGUGUACUUGAGACUUAAUUCUUAUGGCAAUGACAGGCGCUCAAGGAGUUUUCCCGAGCGCUUUCCUGGCCUGCUGCUGUCGCGGCUCUUGUUCUUGACGUUCCUCUAGAAGAUUUAAUGGAAAAGCUUCCAGAACGUCCGCCUUUAAUGUCCGGGUGGCCGGGGCUCGGACAAUUCCCCCAGAAAUCUUUGUGCCAGCCAAGUGCAUUACUCAUACGCCGCGUUGGCCGAGCCAAGCAUGAGAAUGAAAUCAUACCAACUACACAGGGGCAAUAACAGCCAGGUUCACCUACUGUGGCGGUGUGUGGGUGUCUAUGAUGAAAAUUGUGAAAUGCGUGCCGUGGCAAAAACAAAGGCAGCGAAAUAAACGAAAUGAAAUGAAACAGAGCAGCAAUAAAACGGGGCAAGAACAAAGGACGCCAGCUAAUGUCCGAACCUGUCCGAAAGUCCAGAGUCACGCGAAGUUGCAACAAAAACAACAGGCGAGGGCAGCAGUUUUCAAAUAGACCACCAAGGUGAACCAGAGGAUGUUUUUGUGGGGCAGUAGCUCUGCACUUGGAUCAGACUUUCGCCCAGAGAGAUCUGUAAUAAAUCAAGGAUGUUGUCCUGGCAGGGCAAACAAAUGCAAAUAGAUUGAAGAAUAAUAAGGAAAAUGCCUGGGCACUGGCAACUGGAAACUGGCAACCAAAAAGCGAAAAGCGAAAAGCCGCCGCACAAAAUGUGUAGCAUAAAUAAUUCCACCCACAACACACAGAGACAAAAAGGUUACACAGUCACUAGGGCGACACCAGUAGACAUUCAAACGCCGCAGCCGAGCCUGACGGCUCAGUCCGCGUCGCAGUCGCAGCGCAGUCAGCCUGGACAGCAGCACUUUCACCCACACUUUCUCUCUCUCUCUGACGCUCUCUCUCUCUAAGAAUUGCUCUCUAACUAACCUACAUCAACAGCUGUGACUUGUGAAAAAGUGCCACCCACGCAAGCCGCAAAAACCCAAAAAAAAUCCCCAAAAAAUACACCAAGCUGCGAGUUAAAAAACCAACUAAAUAAUAAUUAUUUUCAGUGUUCUAGCUGCCGUUGAGAAGUGCAAAGCCCGCGAGCGGAGUAAACAAUAGGCCAGGACAAAUGAAAACGCCAGAGCGCGCCUUUCUCUGACUGUAGCUCUCUGUCUCUCCCCUUCUCUGUCCCUCUGUUGCUGUCUCUAUCGCUCUUCCUCGCCGACUUUCUCCGGAACAGCUGUUCUUCGAGAUACUCUCCCUAGAGCUGCACUAUCUCUGGACUUUCUCCUGCGCCGAAGCGUGUGUACAUAACCUGAAAAUCCGAGCGCUCUCUCUCUCCCUCUGGAUGUUGCGGUAGGCGGACGUUGCACGGGCGUCGCACGUCGCAAGUUGCACAUACGAGUGUAAGUGCAACAUCGGCAGCAGAGCGGCAGCAGAGCGACGGAGCGGCGACGGAGCGGCGUUGAUGCCGUUGCAGCUGCUGCUGCGCAGCCAGCAACAGCAAUACGAGCAGCAGCAACAGCAGCAGCAGCAACACUAGCAGCAGCAACAGCAGCAGCAGCAACAACACCAGCAACAGCGACAGCAACAGCGACAGCAACAGCAGCUACGCCAGCAGCAACAGCAGCAGCAACAGCAGCAGCAGCGCCAGCAGCAGCAGCAACACUCGCAGCAGCAGCAGCAACAAUCAGCAACAUCAGCGCCCUGUGUGCACCGACAAUAAUAUGAGGAGUGGCAGUUCGGAAUUACUACUCGAGCAGCAACAACAAGAGCUACGGUUACGUAAAAUCCGAGAACUGGCUCCGAAAAAGAAAAAUGGCAAUCGGCGCUUUCGUUCGUGGCGGGAACGUGCGCGUUUCUAUGGCACCUCGACACUGGCCUUCUUCUCGGUGACCGCCGGCGCCUCGCUGCUCUUCCUCGUACCGCUCUACGUCGAUCCGGCCAUAUCGACGCUGAGCCACGACUUCAUCGAGAAGCCCACACUGUGCACGACCACGCGCCGCGAGGAUCUCGUCGGUAUCUUCAAUUGCUCGUGGAGCUCGUGCCGCGAGGGCUGCACCUCCGAUCUGUACCGCUGCGUCCACAUCUAUGUGACGUUCGUCGAGCAGAACAUUACGAUACCGGAGAACAUGACCGACUACAGCAACUUCACGUCGGACAUGGAGCAAUCCGGCGAGGCCACCCUGCUGGUGAACAUCAAGGGCUGCGGCUACCCGCCGUCGGUGACGUGCAAGAACUUCAACGGCUACUACGGCAUCGAGGGCGCCAUCUUCCCGUGCUUCUACUCGCGCAAGAACAAGACGGUGGUGCUGACGUCCUACAACCACGACGACCAGGUGGCCAUGAUCAUCCACUUCUUCGCGGUGCCCUUUGUGAUAACGGUCAUCUCGUCCAUCGCCCUCUGCAUCAUGCACUGCGACUGCCGCUGCAAGAAGGAUCGCAGCCACCGCCGCAACCGGCCGCAGUGCCGAAGGCCGCGCAUCGAGAACCUCAGUGAUACUUCGAUAUCAACGCGGGUGGACAUGCUCACGCCUGCUAUUGAAGUCUACAAGCCGCCCCUCUGACACAAGGACGACACUGUGGAGAGCAAUUUAGGGAAUCCCUCGACUAGCAGCGACUUCUAGCAGAACCUGAUACCGAACUCUGCGGAACCAGCUAAGGAUAAUCUAUUUGUUCUUCCAACACAGUGUCAACCCAAUCGAACUUCGAACGGAGGAGGUAUAUGAGAUGGUAUAUGGUAGAUGGCCAAAGACCCGACACUAUCAGAGGUUUUAGUGCAACUAGCCGAGCAGAAACGAAUCAGAUUAAUAGGACAGAAAGGAACACACACACAUAACUUAAUAAUUGAUCCAACUGAAUAAUUCCUAAGAUUGAUUAAAUUUAGUUACUUUUUAGCGUAAAUGAUUUUUAAACCAGCCGACGGGGGAGGAGGAACCAACAGAAGUGUUAAUCGGUUAACGAGAUAGAUCGAAGUCUAGCUAUAAGAUGUGUGUAUCUCUAGCCGCGUGCACAGAACGUGUUGUGUGUGCGAAUUAAAAUAUGCAAAUUUGGCAAUGUGUAAAUUUAGUUAAAACUGAAUCAUUACGGAUGUAAAACAACAAGGGGAAAAACAGAAAAACAGAAAAAGAGAAAAACAGAAAAACAGAAACACCUAAACAGAAAAUGCAAUGAAUAAUUUUUGUACUGCUGAAAGAGAAACCAAGUGGAAAAACAGAAUACUAACGUUAAGUGUACAAUUUUGCAUUAGGUAAUGAAUAAGUUUGUAAUGCAUUAGUAAUUAAAUACAACAAAAUGUUCAGCUAAUCACGUGGAAAGCAACAGCAACCCAAACUACAAGUGCAAGAGAAAAAUAUAAAAGCAAAAUGACGUUAUGAAAAUGCAAUUGGAAAUUCAAAUGGAAAUUCGGCCAGCGGCAAAAAACAUUUUACGCUUCGGUUAAUCGCUCCACACAGAAGUAGACACGCCACGCCUCAUUUUAUAUAGAGUCCGCCCACAUUUUGUGACACCCAUUGAGACAUCAAUCGCUUUUGGUUUUGCUGUAGAAAUCGGGCCGAGUUCGUCCUAGACGACACUCGCAUGCCCUUCACAAAGUGCCCCAAGUUGCAAGAGAAUUUGGUCAUAGUUCAUAGUUCCAUCAGAGUCUUCUCGUUUAAGUUGCUUUUGGAGAAACCCCGAGGAACCCGAGUCUUUUGUGGUGUUAGUAAAUUGUAAAGGUUAAAAUGUUUAAAGGAUAAUUCAAUAAUGAACGUUUUUUGACUGUGAUCAUUUGAACGAUAUAUAGAAAAAUAUGAUAUUAUUGAGUAUUGUUGUUGACAACAAAAAAUUACGAAAAGCAAUUAACUUCUCGGUCACGAUUCAUCAUCAAUCACCACACAUCAAUCAACCCAUCAACCAAUCCACCAGCACGCCGAGCACAUUUCGCCUAGAAGUUUCCCUCAAUUUCCCAUCAGAGUAGUGUAGUUAGAUCGAUAGUCCCACCCACUCCAUAUGUGUUAUCAACGAUCUUUGGUUCCGAGGCUGAUCACACACCCGCAUCACAUUCGUGCUUGACAAUAUUUAAUUUCUAAAGGAGUUUUCCCAUCAUUCCACCAAUGGCACCACCCACAGGACACGCUGCGCCCAGUUUGUAACUAAAACUGCUUACUCUGUUCCACAUUGAGAUACAGAGGCUUUGGACGAGGGGAGGAGAUAUUAGGAGAUAUUAGGAGAUAUUGAAUGUUAACAUUUAUUUGUAUAAGCUGCAGAACAUUGUUGGACUUAGAGGAACCUGCAUAGUUUUUUGAUAUUCAUGUAGAUACAUGUAAAUGCCACUCACUAAGGUUAAGAACAAACGAGUAGCGAAGAGAUAGCUACCGGUGGCAUCAAGGAUACUUGCAUUAUAUUUGUAAUAUCAAACUGUUCAUAGUUAAGUCAAGGCAAGCCACAGGAAAAGAAGAUACAACAAUUAACGACGGAGAACACAAGUGUAAUAACAACAAAUGUAUAUAAGCUGACUAGAAAAUUGGUAACAAAUAGUAACUUUUGAAAACGAACUCAAAGAUGCAAGUGAAGCUACAACAAGUGCAUAUAAUUUUGAUAGUUAAGCUAAUUUUAAUACAUUUUUUAAGACACAGCAAGAGGGCAAAGGUACUACGUUAAGGAAACCAAAUAGGAAAAUUAAAACCAACUGAGGAGCAGCCGUGAAAAUUAUUCCAUUUUUACACUCGUUAAUUGGUUUUGUUGUUACCGUAAAUAAUGCAAUAAACAUUCGCGUAUUUCUAUUACUAUUAUUGUUAUUAUUAUCAUUGUUGUUACCGAAAGAAAGGGAUGUUUGAAUCGAGAAUUGCACCAUGAUUUUUUAUACACCGCAAUUGGCUUUGUCAGUGCAAGGAAAUUCGUUUACAAAUUCGAUCGACUUGAGAGCAUGUCUGGCAUUUAAGGCGGACGCCACACGCAUUGAACAUCGGACAUUAAUUUAUACACACACAUAUAAUGACGAGGAAAUAAUGGAAAAAAAUAGAACUAGAGCGCAUAUUGAAUAAUAAAUGAGACAUACAUAUUAUUGAAAGAAAUUAAAAGAACAUAACAAACCAAA